CAUUCGACGAGUUGGAACGACCGAACCGCCAUUACUCUGGAAGUGUUGGUACCAUCGUGACUGUGUCUGCUUUUCGCUUGUUUUUCCGUCGCCGAUCGUGUUUUCAUCAAUACUGCGCAGUGUAAGAUUUCUUUCGUCAAGGAGUUACUGAGUGGCUGGACAAGGUCAUAGAGUUCGCUGAUACGAGAUGGGGGCUAAGUCCCGGGAGUUAUUUCUGCUCCUGGCAGUUUGUGCGGUCUCACACAGUUUAGUUGCUAACAAAACACUGAAAGAUGGUGAGACCCGACCUGCGACACUAAUAGACCAGUAUGAGGACUACACAGACGACCAAGAGGUGCUCUUCAACGAGGACAGGCCGUGCCCGAGAGACUGCAUCUGCACUCUGUAUCAGGGAUACAAGAUCGCUAAGUGCAAUCGUCUCGAAGUGAACACGCAAAAGUUCGGAGAUGACAUCACUGACCUCGUGGUCGAAAAUGCCGACCCCGCGAUGCGCAUUCAGCUCACGGAUACCAUUUUCAAAAAACUUGGUCUACACAAGAUCGCGACUGUGAAAAUUGUUAACAGCACCAUCGAUUUCGUCAGCCCCAGUGCAUUCCAUGGCCUAUCUGAGCUGUACGCAGUGAACUUGUCCAAUAACAAACUAAAGAGCCUCCACCCUGAAACGUUUGCCAACAACAAGAAGUUGCUGCUCCUCACGCUUGCCAACAACCCACUCAAGUUCCCAGAAUGGGGCAGUAACAGAUACUUCCUCAACGCCACAGCUGUGCAGGAGUUAGAUAUUUCCUACUGUAACAUGAAGUAUAUCGCCGCAAGCACGUUCGAAAACAUGCCAGGUUUGAUGUACCUCAACGUUGCUGGAAACAACUUGAGCGAUAUGGAUCCUGACACGUUCAAGAAGCUGUUGGAUCUGGAAGAGCUUGACUUAAGCGACAAUAACAUUAAAUCGCUGCCCGACGAUAUUUUCUCAGAAAACAACGAGCUCGCUACGCUCCACAUCCAAAGAAAUCCGAUUGAAUCCGUUUACGGAUUGAAUAUCUCAGACUUGCUUACUCUUAACGCUGGUCAAACUAACAUCAAAUUCGUAGGACCUUCAAUGUUCAACGGCAUGAAAUUCAUCGCCAACCUCAACCUGAGCGGAAACAAUAUGGAGAAAAUACACAACCAGGCUUUCCACAAACUUAUCGAGCUGAACUACCUUGAUCUCUCUUACAAUAACCUUACUUUCAUCUCCAGUAUUCUUAUCAAAGAAAACAUAGAAUUAGACAUUUUCAAAAUUUCCAACAACCCGCUGCUAAGACAUUUGCCCGUUGAAGGAUUCAACUGCUCAGCUGAGCAGUUCAACAUUUACUUGUUCGACGCAUCAAACUGCGGUCUUGAAGAAGUUUAUGAUGACUCACUGAAGACAUUCACUGCACUCUCUGUGAUCAAUCUUUCUGGAAAUAACAUCAAGUCCUUGAACAACAAAGUAUUCUCUGUCUGCCCCAAGCUGGUGGAAGUCAACCUCGCCGACAACAUGCUAACGACUUUGGAUAUCAAAGUGUUCGAGAAGAAUAAUGAACUCGGUAAACUGUACUUGCGAGGUAAUCCACUGAAGGUCUUAUCUGCGGAAGUGUUUAUUCAUACACCACUGCUGACCUGGCUCGAUAUAAGUAACACCGAAUUAACAUCAUUAUGGAAAACUAACAAGAAUCACCCUGAGACGCUACUUAGCAACUUGACGUUCUUGAACGCGUCCCAGAACCACAUCACUGAAAUCAAACAGAAUCAGCUCGAUACGUUGAACCGUCUCAGGUCUCUUGAUAUCAGCAACAACCCGUUAGUAUGUAACCGCGAAUUUGAAAACCUCAUGACCUGGUUGAGCAAACGUUUGGUGUCACCAGACUCCAACACCGCGCGCAUCGCCAACUUGGCGACAGACGCGAAAGAGGACGAUGAGCCUUACAGCUGGGAGUUCCUCACUCUCAAAACGUGCGGCAAAGCCACAGUGCACCCGGUGGAGCCCCUGCCCGCCGUCUCCGAUGAGGAGAUUUGGGAGAGAAUCGAUGAGGACCGCGAGGGCAACUUUGAUUUGAAAAACACGCUGGACGAUGGCAAGGUUGCCGACACUAAAGUGUACGGUGACGACGGUAAGGUCGCAUCAAAGAUAGAUGACCCAGUAGCCAACGAUGUUGACGACGCAGAUGACGAGGGCGACGACGAGGACGAGGAUGACGAGGAGGAGGACGACGACGACGCGUCCGAGGACUACGACGACGGUGACGAUGACGUCGACCUGAAAGUCAAACUCCUCGAGACGACGACCAGAAAACAGCCGCCUCCAACCGAGUCUUCUGACAAGGAAAUCGGUGUCAAGAUGGCCAUAAACCUGCUCGAGAACGACAGCAACUACGACGACUUAGAGCGCGAGGUGUACGUCGGCGCCUCGGUGGAGGAGGAGCACGGCCACUACGACUACUUGUGGCCGAUCCUGAUCGCCGUGCUGGGCGCGCUGCUGCUGCUGAUCGUGAUCGCCAAGGUGGUGAUGGUGGUGUGCAGCAGGAAGAGCAAGCAAGUGAGAUACAACAGUGCCAUAAUCGCCGCCAUGAGCCACCCGGGCCGCACGAAGAAGGACUGCGGGCUGGUGUACCAGCAGCUGUCGGAGGACCUGACGGGCCCCGCCACGCCCAAGCUCAGCCGCUACCAGCCGCUGCCCGCCGUCACCGUGGCCUCGAACAUGUCCUACGAGAGCAGUCCCUUCCACCACAACAACAUCGUCCCCGAGGCGGUGUGAGUCGCGCACAAACUGUAGGCCCACGCUCCUACACAAGCAGUAAGUGAUACUAGACAGCGCUAGUCACGAUACUGAACCCAUUUCAUAGUACAGUGCCUUCUAACGAACCAUUUCGAACAACUACGACCAAUGUUUUGUAUCUAGCGCGUCUUGAUUAUAAAGUAACAAAAUGAAGUCAAAUUACAACAAAUUAAUUUAAGAUAUACAUAUUAUAUAUUAUACAAAUUAGUUGAUAGGUUUAUUUUAUGUACUUAAAAUUUUAAAAAUUAAACAUCUAAA